UCUCUUGUUUACUUAGGGAUUUAUAUUUCUCAGGCAGUGUUGUCUAGUGGCUAGUACUGGGGAUCUAGGAGUCAAGCCACCUGGGUUCCAUUCCUGAAGUUACUGCUGACUUCCUGCGUGACCGUGGCCAACUUCUGUUACCUCCCCAUCCCCAUUUACCCAUCCGUAAAAUGGGGGUAUGAUGAUUUCCUGUCUUCCAUGGGAUGAUGAGGUGCUCAGUGUUUGUGAGAAGGGAAGUAAAAGGAGCAUUGGAAACUACUGGGCAAUUUGAAGACCACCGUAGAGGGAUUGGUGUCCAGCAACAACCCGAACGUCUGGUCUAAAUAUGGCGGCUUGAAGCGGCUGUGCAGGGAUAUGCACAGCAUCCUCUAUCACGGGCUCAUCCACGAUAAGGUGUACUGCAGGCAGAAGGAUUACUGGCAGUUUGUGAAAGACAUCCGCCAGCUGAGCCCGCGCUCUGCUCAUCACGUGGAGAAGUUCAUCAGCCUGCACGAGAAUGGGCAGCCAAGCGCAGAUGGCGUAGGUGAUCAAGCCAUAGCGGAGCUGUGGCUACAGCACAGUCUGCAGUUCCACUGCCUCUCCGCACAGCUGAAGCCGCUGCUUGAGAACAGACAGUACAUCAGGAAAUUCUACACAGACGCUGCCUUCCUGCUCAGUGACGCCCACGUCACAGCCAUGUUACAGUGCCUGGAGGCCGUGGAGCAGAACAACCCCCGACUUCUGGCUCAGAUUGACACGUCCAUGUUUCUCAGAAGGAGUGAGGCCCCACUGCCUGUGACGAAGAGUCAAAGCCUGACAGCCCUCCCUGGUUCUGUAUGUAUCCCUCCUAUGGACUACACACAGCACAGGUACUUUGGAUCCUUCUCCAGUCUGCACCAGCCAGCCUCCAGCAGCAUGUCAGACAGGAGACCAGCAAGCUCCUCCGUGUGCAGCAGCACGAGCCAGCCUCUGGAAAAUGCCCUGUACAACGUAUCCCUCUUGCCGCCUGAGGACAGAUCCCCUCUGGGCCAACCUGGCCUCCCCCGGCUCAGUGCUUCCUCCCCCAGAGACGACUCCUCUUCAGUCAGCGAGAUGAGCACCAGCACCGUGACCAGCCAGAGCGAGGACCUCUGGGCAGGUAGCCAGGAUGACACCCAGAGCGACGCCAAUGACGGGCCGGAGUAUCUGGCCAUUGGGAACCUGGGCCGGCGGGGCCGGGCCUGUAGCAGCCAGAGCAGCGCCAGCAGUAGCACCACCAACAGCAACAAGAGCAGCAGUUCCAACCUGUUCUCAUCCAGCAGCUCCCAGAAGCCGGAGUCCAUCUCCUCCGUGGAGGAUCAGGGUGCGAGCGGCGGCAGCCGAGGGAUGAGCCUCUUGCGCAGGUCCAGCUUUUCGGAGGGGCAGACAUCAACCCCCCAAGGGAUCCUCAAGAGAAGCCAUUCACGCUCGCACUCCGAUACCAACGUGGCCUCUGGGAAAACUCCCGAAUCCCAGGGUGACGCCUUGAGGGUGCCGGGUCAUGUCUCUGGCUCCACCCAGAGCAGCGAAGUGAGCACGCCCAGCUCCCUCUACAUGGAGUACGAUGCUGGCCAGUACCUGAGUUCGGGGGAAGGGAUGUUCCGAAGACCCUCGGAAGGACAGUCCCUGAUCAGUUACCUGUCUGAGCAGGACUUCGGCAGCUGUGCAGACCUGGAGAAGGAAAACGCUCACUUCAGCAUCUCUGAAUCGCUGAUCGCUGCCAUCGAGCUGAUGAAAUGCAACGUGAUGAACCGGCGGCUGGAGGAGGAGGAAGAGGAGAGUGACAAGGAGAUCCAGGAACUCAAGCAGAAGAUUCGCAUCCGGCGCCAGCAAAUCCGCACCAAACAUGUGCUCCCUGCCUACCAGGAGGUGGGCUCCGACAGCUUCGUGGCUACAGACAGCGAGUCCCAGUUCAGCUCCCGUGACUCCAUGUGGCUGUCUGACUCGGGCUCAGCGGAGGACGUGGAGGAGUAUGAGAUAAGAGAUGGUAACGAUGGAUCUAACCUGAUUCAAAUGUCCAAGAACGGCCUGUCAGUGUCAAUGGCUUCCUUGUUUUCAGAUGCGGACAUCAAGCGGGUUGCAGCGUCUAGCAAGAAGUCUUUCCUCUCCUCGGAAUCCAUAUCCCACUCCUUCCUCCAUUCGAACUCAGCGGAGGCCGUGGCCAUGGGCCUGCUGAAGCAGUUUGAAGGGAUGCAGCUCCCAGCCGCUUCUGAACUGGACUGGCUCGUCCCAGAGCAGGAUGCCCCCCAGAAGCUCCUGCCAAUUCCGGACUCUCUGCCCAUCUCGCCCGACGACGGAGAGCACGCCGACAUCUACAAGCUCCGAAUCCGGGUCCGCGGGAACCUGGAGUGGGCCCCGCCCCGGCCGCAGAUCAUCUUCAACAUUCACCCAGCCCCAACGAGGAAGGUGGCUGUAGCCAAGCAGAAUUACCGCUGCGCAGGCUGCGGCAUCCGGACAGACCCCGAUUACAUCAAACGGCUGCGGUACUGCGAGUACCUGGGCAAGUACUUCUGCCAGUGCUGCCACGAGAACACCCAGAUGGUCAUUCCCAGCCGCAUCCUGCGUAAGUGGGACUUCAGCAAGUACUACGUCAGCAACUUCUCCAGGGACCUGCUGAGCAAGAUCUGGAGCGACCCGCUCUUCAGUGUGCAGGACCUCAACGCCGCUCUCUACCGGAAGGUGAAGGCGCUGAAUCAAGUCAGGCUGUUGAGAAUCCAGCUGUUUCACUUGAAGAACAUGUUUAAGACCUGCCGACUAGCUAAAGAGCUCCUGGAUUCCUUCGACACAGUGCCAGGUCAUUUGACGGAGGAUCUCCACCUCUACUCCUUAAAUGACCUGAAUGCCACUAAGAAGGGGGAGCUGGUUCCCCGCCUGAUGGAGCUCAUAAAGGCAGGUACCCUGCACGUUGAGAGAUGCAUGCUGUGCCAAGCCAAAGGCUUCAUCUGUGAGUUCUGUCAAAAGGAGGAGGACAUCAUCUUCCCCUUCGAACUGAACAAGUGCAGGACGUGUGAAGAGUGCAAGGCCUGCUACCACAAGUCCUGCUUCAAAUCGGGCUGCUGCCCUCGGUGCGAGCGCCUGCACGCCAGGAGAGAGCUGCUGGCCAAGCAGAGCCUGGAGUCCUACAUCUCUGACUACGAGGAGGCGCCGCCAGAGGCAGUGGCCGCGACAUGAGGGGGAAGAGGAGACCAGCGGAUGUAUUUGUGUGCGUGGCCUUCGUCACCAGAGACUAAACGAAGGACUAACCUGACUCUUUCACAUUAAAGGAGCCCGUGGGAGGGCUGAAUCGUGGGAGAUCUCGGAGCAGCAUGACAGGAUCUGCUUGGUUUGCUUCAAGAGAGCCGGUUUCUGUGCACUCUACACGAGGGUGUUGGGGACGGUGGACUCCGGACGCUAGUUCUUGCAGUCGUGACCCUGCCGAGAUAGACACGCUGCUGCCUUCGUGCUGGGUCCGGCAGCGAAUCCUCUCUGUGCCACACUCCGAGCGCAAUGAGCGUUCGUAUGCCUGUCCCCUUAGGGAGCUCAGCCAGAUGCUGUGUUAGCCAGGAACUGCACUCUCCUCCCUGAAGCAGGUUCUUGGGGAGCUUCCACCAGGUAGGAGGUGAAAGCUCCUGGCUAGCUCAGCUCUCCAGGGGGGAGUAACUGGAGUCCUGCUGCUGCCUUGGGGCAAAAGAGAAGGGGCUUUUGCCAAGUCCUCUGCCUAUAACACGCCGUAUCCUUUGCUGCUGACGUGAUCUUUUUAAUUGGCCCUUCUUCAGAACUGAUAUGACUUGAUUUGGGGAUGGGAGGAAGCAGCAGCAGCAAACAGCGCCUUGUCCUCUGCCUGGCGGGAGCCAUCAUGAACUCUGGAUACCCGCUGGGCUGGCAGAUCAGGCUAGAGCAUGCGGAUUGUAUGUGACAAAGGAAUUGAUCUGAUUUUUCCCUUAGACCCGGCCCUGCUUUAGCUGCAUGCAGGCUGGAGGAGAGAUCUGUGCCAGUCGCUGUUGGGAGCAGCCCGUCUCCGCUAUUGAUGUUCGGUUCCUCAGACUGUGCCUGGUGCUGACGGAGCUCCCACCUGCUGGUUGAAGGGCUGGGCUUGUCAGCCCAGAGGCGUGAUUGCCACCUUUCCCGCGGCGCUAGGUGCUGGGAGAUCGCCCUGUGCGAUGCUCUGGCACUGGCAGCAGGUGAACGAGGGGCUUCCGCUCUCUGGGCCGGAAGGUGGGGAGGCCACAGACAAUGAGGAAGCUGCAUGCCCAGCCCGGGGAGAGGAAACGCCUUAGCUGAGCCGGAGGAAGCAGCUGGUCUGAAACCGGCUUCUCUCUGCUGAUCUUGCAGGAGAUGGGCUGCUGAGUGCUGCUGUUACCCUGGACUGGGGGCUGUGUUUGCAUGUGUCUGUCUGCCGGGGCAGGGGGGCUGGGCAGUUACUCUUAGACCCAAGAGCAAGGAUCAGUUUGAACAGAGCCAGAGCUCAAUCCCCGGGGUGCCAGGCGGAGUGGGGGGCUCCUGCACCAGGCCCAGUGGGGAACCUGCCUGCCAGCGCCUGGGGGAGCAGACGGUGUGUGCUGUGGUGCUGCCCCCGCCCCCGUAGCAUUGAACACUCAGCUUGCCUUGUGGCGCUGUGAGGACUCCAUCCUCGCUCGUGGCCCAUGAUGUGUAGCCAGGCGGCUUAGCUAGAAGCAAACAUCUGGGACCGCUGGAGACCUGUAGGGGCACAGGCCUGGAUCUCUGCCUCGUGCUGGGCACUCAGGUGACUCCACGUGACACUCACCCCCACUAUUUCGGAGCUUGAUGAAGCCACGGUCAGUCUCAGUGGAGCCUUUCUCCCAUCCAUGCUGCACCCUCGGUGUAAUGUGUCCUCCCUGCAGUGGAUUCUGGCCAGGCCCGUUCCAGACCUUAGCGUUGGUGUGUCAGGCCUGCCAGUUUGUGCUGGGCUCCCCUGAUGCUGUGUGGCCCCAGGCUGUUCUGUGACAUGCACCUUUCACCUCCCGCUAGCAGUCCAGUACCUGCUGGAUCGAACGCUCGGGGAGGCAGACAGAGCAGCAGCUGAGCAGGCGUCACGCUUCAGCCAGCUCCCUUGGCUUUGGGAUGAGAGCUGCACUUCUCAUCUCCCUGGAUCAGGCGCCCUUGGGAGUGACCGCGUAAUGAGCGUCUCUAGCAGGACAGCCAAUGUCCUGGUAAAGGAGCCGCCCCCGAGCACCCUGGCCUUGUGAUGCGGAGCGCCACGAAGUCAAGAGAUUAGUCUGGUCCAGAACUUCUCCCCAGGACCUCACGCUCCUCAGUCACUUGCCGUGUGUUUGUGUGGAGGGAUGUGAUCGUCCACAGUGCCCACUGGCUGCCCCCGGCCCAGCGUUCCUCAGAGCUGGUAUCAGAUCAGUCCCCAGAGCAGGUGUAAAGCUGUUGAUUUGCCAUCCGGAGCCCCCACAGAACCGGUGCCCCAGGCCAGCUCCUCUUCUCAGUGUAUCAUCUCAGUUGGGCUGAUCUUCGUGUACAUAGUGUUGUUUUAAGUUGAUCUCUUUUAAAGGCAAUUGCUCCUGUCUUUUUAACAAGCUGCUUUCGUUUGAGUUGGUCACUUGGGGCCAGAUUUUAAAGCUAUUUAGGUGCCUAACUCGCGUUGAUUUCAAUGGGAGCACGGCACCCCAC